AUGACAGCUUCCCAAAAGCAUCGUGACCUCGUGGCAGAGCCCAUGGGGGAAAAGCCAGUGGGGAGCCUGUCCAGGAUUGGUGAAGUCCUGGGCGAGAAGCUGGAGGAAAGGGGCUUUGACAAGGCUCAUGUGGUUCUUGGCCAGUUUCUGGUGCUAAAGAGAGAUGAAGACCUCUUCCGAGAGUGGCUGAAAGACCCGUGUGGUGCCAAUGCCAAGCAGUCCUAG